AUGGACGCCGCAAUCUCUCCCCUCGAGCGUGCUUUCAACACCUUUUUGACGACCAUGCCACCAGAGCAGCUGGAGGAGCUUCUGCAGUACCUCCAAGACACCAAGGCUCAGGAAAACAAUGGUCUGCAGCUCCCAGAUUCAACUCCUGCCACUGGUGCAAACUACGCUUUGGACAAUCAUCGCGGUGCUGCCGUUCCAGUUGCCGCAACUUCUCGUUCCCUGGUUACUCGUGCCAAACGCACCCAGGAAGGAAAGAAAAGACCUCUUAACAGCUUUAUCGCGUUCAGAAGCUUCUACUCUGUCAUCUUUCCGGACCUCACCCAAAAGGCCAAGUCGGGCAUUCUUCGCUUCUUGUGGCAGAAUGACCCUUUCAAGGCCAAAUGGGCAAUCCUCGCGAAAGCGUACUCCAUCAUCCGCGAUGAUCAUGGGAGCGAGGUUUCUUUGGAUCAGUUCCUGGAAAUUACUGCCAAGUUUAUCGGUCUGUUCGAACCCACUCGCUACCUCGACGCGAUGGGUUGGCAGUUGAACUUCGAUGCCCAGCAGCAAUACACAAUGGCUAAAGUCAAAAUCACAACUAUCCCUGAAGCCGACGUUUCUACCAACUACUCGGUUGACGACGUCGUGAAACACUGCUAUGAUACUGGCUACGUGUCUGAGAAACCACGCAAGCACACCGCAAGUAACGGCAACAAUACUUCCACCAUGGCCUUUGCUGCUCAGCCAGCUUUCGUUGUCAAAGCGGAGAACGGCAUUCAGAUCACUGGCGACGAUGCUAUUGUGACUGACGAUGCCUUCGGAACUCCUGAAGUGGAAUUCCCAUCUCCUGAAGAGACAGAUGGCACUCAGACUCCUGAUCCUGUCGAGGCAGAACCACUUGUCGACAACUACCCUUUGGCUUUCAUGAAUGUACCUGGCGUGCCUGACGGUCAGCAGCUUGAACUUGAACUCUUCCAGGGCAAUGACUUCGAUCUCAACAUGCAACUCCCAUUUAUCGACGCCUUGCCAUUUGAUCUAGCUGCCGCAGAUCCCUUUCCGCUGAACUAUGACCCACUGGAAGAGCCUCCUUUUGGCGUCUUUGACAUGGAUCAAUACAUCAACGUCUGA